CUUCGUCCUCCCAUUGAACAUUACAACAUCAUGGGCACCACACGCUCACCGCCGUCGUCGACCCAAAAGUCAUCGCAGUCGAAACAACAAUCUAUUUCGAGGUUCUUCACGCCCAAGCCUGGAAAUCAGAAACCAACGCCGAAGGACAUUCCGCCUCAACGACCUUCACUGGAAACAGCCCCAGAGGCAGAAGAAGAUAGUCUGUUCGUGGAGGGAGACAAGGUCAAUGGGGCUAACAACACGUCCUCCACAGCCAAACGGGCAGCCGAGGACGAUGAGACGCCGCAACCCGUGCAGAAGCGGCAGAGGGCAAGCUCAGAUGAUGGCAAGCAAUCUCAACGUGUAUCGCCAGGGCUAGAGCGUGAGAACAGCGGCAAGAGAGCUCAAGUCCCUGCGAGAACGUCCAAGUACGCUUUCUCCAGCUCGAUUGACUCCGUCACAGACCCUCUGGCUGAGGAGGCCGACGACGAGAAAACCCGACAGCUCAAGGCUCGUCUGCACCAAAAGUUUGUUAAGAAGCUGGGACGUCCCGACAGUAUAGCGAAUAUCAAGCGGCGGAGUGGUUUCAUUGAUGAGGAGACACAAGCGGGUGAAGAUGAUGGACUAGACGAUGAAGAUGAAGAGGAGGCUCCAGCAGCGCCAAAGAAGGGUGGCAGAAAGAUUCCUGCCUCAAGAAAGGGCAAGCUCACACCCCUCGAUCAGAAGGUGGUGGACUUGAAGCGCAAAUACCCAGAUGUGCUGCUUAUCGUUGAAGUCGGCUACAAGUAUAGAUUGUAUGGAGAAGACGCCCGAGUGGCGUCCAAGGUCCUGUCCGUCGUGUGCAUUCCUGGCAAGAUGCGAUUCGACGAGCAUCCAUCCGAAGCUCAUAUGACGAGAUUUGCUGGUGCCAGCUUUCCUACUCACCGACUGCAUGUACACGUGAAACGGCUCAUCAAUGCUGGCUACAAGGUCGGGAUUGUGAGACAGCUAGAAACAGCCGCCCUCAAGGCUGCAGGCACCAACAAGGGCAAAUUGUUCGAGAGAGACCUCACCAAUUUGUAUACCAAAGCAACAUACAUCGAUGACGAAGAAGAACUAGACACGACGCUGGCGGGAGCUGAAGGAGGCGCUCCUGCUUCAGGCCACCUUCUGUGUCUGACAGAAAGCUACCCCAAAGGUGUCGGAUCAGACGAGAAAGUUCAGAUUGGUCUCAUCGCUGUGCAGCCUGCUACAGGAGAGAUCAUCUAUGACGACUUUGAAGAUGGCUGGAUGCGAAGUGAGCUGGAGACACGUCUGCUACACAUCUCACCGGCCGAGUUUGUGAUUGUGGGCGAGGUUUCCAAAGCGACCAAGAAGCUUGUACAGCAUCUGUCUGGAGGCGACGACGCUCGACUCGAGUGGAAAGACAGGCCCAAAACCAUGGCCGCUCAGGCCUACAGCGACAUCACGAAAUUCUACGCCGACAAGAUGAAAGCAGGAGAGCCUCCUUCAACACAAGUACAAUCCUCGCAAGACACUGGCACGCUUUUGGAUAAGGUCCAUAAGUUGUCGGAGAAUGCUACGAUCUGCUUGUCAGCUAUGAUCACCCACCUUACAGAGUAUGGUCUGCAGCAUGUAUUCGAUCUUACGAAGAGCUUUCAAUCUUUCAGCGCGAGAUCACAUAUGCUGCUCAACGGCAACACGUUGACCAGUCUCGAGGUCUAUCGCAACCAGAGUGAUCAAGCAGAAAAAGGCAGUCUGUUCUGGACGCUGAACCACACGCAGACACGUUUCGGUCGGAGAUUGCUGCGCAAAUGGGUUGGCAGACCUCUGCUAGAUCGUGCGAGGCUGGAUGAACGUGUUGCGGCUGUCGAAGAGCUCAGAGAAGGCGCCGGGCAGGCAGGUGUCGAGCGUAUCAAUCGUCUUCUCACCAAAACCAAAGCAGACCUGGAACGGACACUGAUUCGAAUAUAUUACAAGAAAUGCGCUCGAUCUGAACUGCUGCAGUUCUUACAGACUCUGCAAAGCGUGGCCCAGGAGUAUCAUUUUGUCAAUUCGCCAGCCGAUGCAGGCUUUCGUUCCAACAUGAUCAACGAAGCCAUUUUCUCGCUGCCGCAGAUAUCUGAUGAUGUGCUCGACUAUCUCGGACGAAUGAAUCUGCAAGCUGCCAAAGAGAACGACAAGUACAACUUCUUUCGCAGCGAGCACGAGACCGAGGACAUCACAGACCACAAGUGCGGCAUUGUGGCUGUAGAGCAUGACCUUAAUGAAUACAAGAAGACGGCAACUGCGCUGUUGAAGCGAAAGGUGCCGGUAUCAUACAUAACGGUGGCAGAGAUCGACUACCUCAUUGAGCUCGACAAUACCCAGCUUAAGAACGUUCCCGCCACGUGGACGAAGAUCUCGAGUACGAAGAAGAUGAGUCGCUUUCACCCACCAGAAGUGGUUAAGCUGCUGCGCGAGCGUGAUCAACACAAGGAAUCUCUUUCGAAUGCUUGUGAUGCCGCGUUCGCUUCUCUCCUCACUGCAAUUGGCUCCAAAUACCAAGCUUUCCGCGACUGCAUACAGUCCCUGGCUCUACUCGACUGUCUCUUGUCGCUGGCAUCUGUAGCCCAACAACCCGGAUACUGUAAGCCUACUUUCUCCGAUAGUCCCGGCAUCUCCAUCACCGCCGGUCGACAUCCGAUGGUGGAGCAGUUGCUUCUCGACAAUUUCGUCCCCAAUUCCAUUGACCUUGCUGGCAACGCUACACGAGGUCUCCUCAUCACCGGACCCAAUAUGGGUGGCAAGUCCUCGUACGUUCGCUCCGUUGCUCUGAUCGCCAUCAUGGCUCAGAUCGGAUCGUACGUCCCGGCAGAGGCUUGCGAGCUUGGUUUGCUCGAUGCUGUUUUCACUCGCAUGGGGGCUUUCGACAACAUGAUGAAGGGUGAAUCUACAUUCAUGGUUGAGCUCUCGGAGACCAGCGAUAUCUUGAAGCAGGCUACGCCUCGAAGUCUUGUCAUACUGGAUGAGCUCGGUCGCGGAACGAGCACGCAUGAUGGUGUUGCCAUCGCGCAGAGUGUGUUGCAGCAUAUGGUCAUGGUGCAGAAGAGUUUGACCCUGUUCAUUACACACUACCAAUCAAUGGCUCGCAUUGCAGACAGUAUGAAUGUGGCUGACGGAGAAGCUAAACCAUUGAAGAAUGUGCACAUGACUUUCACAGAGAACACUGCAUCGAAGGCGGAUGCGGCAGAGAAAGAAAUCACGUUCUUGUAUGAGGUUGGCGAGGGUGUCGCACAUCGCAGCUACGGUCUCAAUGUCGCGAGGCUGGCAGGCUUGCCGAAGAGUUUGCUUGACGAGGCUGCUCGCAGGUCAAAAGCCAUGGAAGAGGAGGAGGCGAGGAGACGAGUCACGUAUUUGGCGAAAGCUCUGGCGGGACUGGUGAGUGAGGGUAGCGAGGUUGCGCUGGAGCGGCUCGUGAAUGGUAUCGAGCAGCUGUAAAGAAUGAAUGUAUAGAGUAGAGUAAGCUGUAAGCGAUAGCGAU